AUCACAUCAACAACUCUUCAAGUCAUAUUACUAUUCCAAAAAGAUACAGAAAGAAAGAAAAUAAAAACUUCCCCAUUGGCGAUUUGAGCUGCUAGGAAACUAGUAAAAAACAAAGAAAGGUUUAUAAUGGCUUCAAGGAAGUUUGAAGAAGAAGAAGAUAGAAGCAUUCGUUUGCAGGUGUCAGAGCUUCAUAAAUUGGAGGAAGCUAGAGGCUCAAACGACACCGUAUUCGAUCUCAGAACCAGCAUAGAGAAAGAAAACAGCGGCGAAACCGCAGACGCAGCUUCCGUCUCCUCCGCGACCGCGUUUCGCAGAAAAUCAAAUAUCCCCGCCCCAGAGAAGAAGCUAACGCUGUUCGCCCUCCAACUCGCGAUCCUCGAGAAAACAGCCACCGGAAUCGGAACCCUAGGCUUCAUCUGGGCCACGGUGGUCCUCCUAGGCGGCUUCGCGAUCACACUCGACCCCUCCGACUUCUGGUUCAUCACCAUCAUCCUCCUCAUCGAAGGCGCCAGAAUCUUCAGCCGAAGCCACGAGCUCGAGUGGCAGCACCAAGCCACGUGGACCAUCGCCGGCGUCGGAAUCACCAGCUUCCGCGCUCUCCGCUCAUCCUCCGCCUCGAUUCUCCGAUUUCUACGAAUCAAAUCGAGAGAAUCAACAACGACGGUUGCAAGAGACUGUUCUUCCGCCACGUGGCGGAAGAACAACUCAGAAGACGCGCACGUGCCUCCUCUACUUCCGUACGCGAGAUGGUUCUUCAUCUCCAGCACUGUGAGUCGUCUCCUCUACUGGCUACAGCUUCUCUCCGCGACGGCUUGUGUGGCUUUGUCUUCGUACAAGCUCGUGAGGCAUAACUAUGGAGAUGUUCAUAAAGGAGAUACUGAUAAGAGGAAUAGACAGUCUGCUCUAAAUAUAUUCUACUCGCUUGCGUUGGCUGAGGCGUUGCUGUUUCUUGCUGAGAAAGCUUAUUGGGAGUGGAGAGUGAGUGUUUGUAAUUUGCUUGAGAAUGUGACGAGAGAGUGUGAGUUUGGGGUUACUGGUUUGGUUUCGAUUAAGAGGUUUUUCUAUGAUUCUUACUCCAAGUGUGUUAAUGGGAGUAUCUUUGAUGGGUUGAAGAUGGAUAUUGUGAGUUUUGGUAUGGAGCUUUUGGGAUCGAAUUCGUGUGAUGAGCAGCUUAUUGGGGUUAGGAUACUUAGACAGUUUGCUGUUAAUGAACGGUAUUCGGAGGAGACGCUUGAGAAGAUUGGAAUUAACUUCCCUGUUGUUGAAAGGUUGGUAGAGAUGCUGAACUGGAAAGAUCUGCAGGAGGAAGAGAUUAGGAGAUCAGCUGCUGAGAUACUAUCGAAACUCGCUGGCAAAAAGCAGAACUCUUUGAGAGUAGCUGGGAUCUCUGGUGCAAUGGAAUCGAUUUCUUCGUUACUUGAGAGUACGAGAUCAUUAGGUGAAGCUCCUGAUGAGAUUGGAGAGAAGAAAGUGUUUCAUGAGCAUGAUCUACACUAUGAUUUCUGUAGAUUUAACAAUUUGGGACUCUUGAUUCUGAAGAAGUUAGCUAAAGAUCAUGAUAACUGUGGGAAGCUAGGCAACACGAGGGGUCUUCUCCCGAAGAUUAUUGAUUUCACACACGUGGACCAAGUUCUGUUGUGGGAGGAGAACGCAGACGUUGCUAGGUCACAGAUUCUGACGUUGAAAAGGUCGUUGCAGCUGGUGAAAAUGUUAGCUAGUACGACAGGGCACACGGGGAAGUGCCUCAGGAGGGAGAUCUCAGAGAUUGUUUUCACAGUGAGCAACGUGAGGGAUGUCUUGAGACACGGAGGGAGAUACCCGAAGCUGCAGAAGCUCGGGAUAGGGAUAUUGACUAACCUUGCGCUUGACACGGAAGCUAGGGAGAGAAUUGGUGGAACGGGUGGUGUUUUGAAAGAGUUGUUCAACAUUUUCUUUAAAACACACGGAGACGAUGGGAAUCAGGGAUGUGUGAGGAUAGCUGCAGGAGAAGCUAUAGCGAUGCUUGUGUUGGAGAGCAGAGGUAACUGCCUCCAUGCUCUUAGACUUGGAGUGAUGGGAAGACUUGUGGAAGCACUUGAAGUUCCUUUGAUCCGUGUCAACGCUGCAAGAGUGUUGAGAAACUUGUGCUUAUACUCUGGGGAUGACUGCUUUCAUGACUUGAAGUUCGUUAAAGCAGCAGCACCUACGGUGUUGAAGUCAAUCACAUCAGAAGACAACAAAUUACAGGAAGUGAUGGUGGGAUUAGCAGCACAAGUGUUUAGAUUCAUGAGUCCAGAAGACUCGAGCUAUGUAUUCAUGAAUUCAGGGAUAGAGAGACAUGAACUGGCCUACUCGUUGGUCUCAAUUCUUAGAAAACACGACAAACCAGCGAUUAAGGUGCCAAGAAUCAGGAGAUUUGUGAUCGAGCUAGCGGUUUGGAUGAUGGAAGAUGACGUGGAGAAUAAUGUAUUGGUGUUCAGAGAGUUGGGUCUGGAGAAGGAGCUUGAGAAGGUUCUAGAAACUACUGCUGAGCUUGAGAACUUCGAUGUUUUCUCCGGAACUGUUGGAGUGAGCCGUCAUAGUAGAACGGUCCACUCUCUAGCUGAGCUAGCCUUGAAAAUUCUUGAGGAAAACUGAACCAUAAACAACCAUCCUGCAAGAAAAAGAUCUCAGAGCUCUGCAUUAGAGCUUUUAUUAUGACUCAUUGUUUUGCAAGGAGAACAAAUAAAAAUGUACAAAUGUGAUGGUUAUGCAAUACAUUAUUUAAUUUAUUGAUUUGAA